AGGUACCUUAGGUGUACUUUUUCCUUCUGUCUCCACCCUCAUCCAGCGAUCCAAAGCCCAACACAGCAAUCGAGGGUUUCGGCCUCGUCGUCCCCGCCGCCGGCGACAAGCGACGGCGAGCGAGCCAGCGACCUUCUCCCUCGCGCGCCGCGCCGCUUCUCCCUCGGCGCGCCGUGCCGCCGGUGACGUCUCCGUGAUCCAGAUGUGGCGGUGGCCGGGUGCGGCUAGGUAUGAAGAGGGCGGCGCCGUGGGAGGAGCCGCUGGAAGUCUCCUCCGACGACUCCCUGAGCUCGGAUUCCGACGAUGAAGCCGGGAAGGGGAAAGGGGACAACGCCUUCGGGCUGCCCAAUUCCACCAAAGCUGCCGCACCAGACGCUAUGUCGAAGAAGAAGAAACCUGGUGGUGUGGAUUUCAAUGCUUUGAGCCGGCAUGGGUAUCGUGGCGGCCCAUCUGUCUUGACGGUGCCCCCUCCAAAGGUUGAGCCUAACUGGUCUUGGUCCACCGGGAAAGAUCGCAACGACAAAGAAGAUCAAACUGAAUCCUAUGAAGAACGGGAGCGCACAAGAACUGCAGUAACUGAGGGAGAAAAGCUUAUUGGUGUGCGAAACCCGCAGCCGAGGCAGAUGGAGAAAGAGAAUAAAGAUGCUUCCUUCUCACAGAAGGAAAAGCGGAAGAGAGAUCGUGGCCAGGCUAGCAGGGGGAAGAACUACGUUGAAGAAGAGAAGCGACUUCUGAGGGGGAGUGGCGUCUACUCUGGCUUUGACACUUGAUGCUCUGUUUUCUGUGCCUUUGUUUGACAUGCAUAGUAAAUUGUUUUGUGCUUGUGCUAUUUGAUGUGUGUUGGUAGUUCGUGCUUAAUCCUCUGCUUCCAUAUCUGUGGCGUUGUACUGAUUGAAUUGAAUUCAUCUUGGAUCAUUGGCAUACCGUGUCCCAUAUUUGUUGGUAAUUUACUAACUUUAGAUGCAACUUUGUGCAA